UAUAAUGUGAAAAAAAUAUAAGUUACAAUGUUCCUAAAUGAAAUAGACGGUCCGAAAUAUUUUACAGUGAAGAGAGGUGUACAAUUUCACCCAUCGUAUACAUACGCAGCAGUAUUCCAUUCAUAUAGGCUGAAACCCGUGAUGCACGAUAUCUCAUGAACUUUUAUUAAAGGAAACAUUUUCAGAACAGGUAUGGCUAGUCUUGAAUUGGAAGCAACAGCUACAAAAUCAUCUUCUCGUGAUGUUGUAACGAAUAAUUCUGUGGAGAGGGAAAGAUUUAAAAAAAGAGCUUUGGCCAUUCAGCGUGAAAUUCGUGCCUACGCCACUUCAAUGAAGGUGAUGCAACGAACAUUCAUUGAUAAGCGACCUCCGUGUAUCAACUUCGAAGAUGAAGAACGGAAACAGCUUCCAUUGAUAAACCGACUUGAGAACGCCAAUCGUUUUAAUAAAAAAACACCGAAAUAUCGGCAAAGUAAGGGCUUGUCUUCAUCACUACCGCCUGCUAAGAACCAGAUAUUGCCUACAGAUGGAUUAAGAAAGCCUCAACUAUCCAAGCGAUAUGCUCGCAAUAAUCGUUGCAAAAAUUUAAACCAUGAUUCAACAACUGUUUAUAGUUUACAACCUAAAGCAAAGCAAAGAGGCUUAGCCCAACAUCAAGCCCGCCUUGAUGACCAUCAACACUGUUUACCUACGAGAAAAUUUGAAAUAAAUGGGAAUCUUAACGAACCAAUGGUUAUUGUUAAUGCCCCUUUGACUUUAAGCAAACCAACAGAAACAAACGUUCAUUCUCGUUCAGAUUCCCGUGCGUUAUUGAGAGCCCAUAUUGAACAAGAGCAUCCUCUCAUAGGCAAGCACGGACGGUCUCAAGGACAUGUUACAGACGGACUACGUAAUGAUAGUCUGUCACAGAUUGAAUUCAAUGAGGCAUUGUUUUAUCCGAACGAUUUUGAGAAACCACAAAUCGUCGCAGAAGAAGAGGAAAACAUGAAAGAAACGCAACGAAAGAUUAAAGACUUUCUAGAUAGAACAUGUGCAGAAUCUGUCUGUUCCGAUACAGAAACGUCGAACUUUUGGAGCACAGAAGACGAAAAGAAAAGGAAAGUAAGUCGUGUUUACUCUCUAAACACUCCCUAUCGGUCGAAAGCAUGUUCGACAAGAAGCAGUGUUUUAGGAAUCCAUCAUGAACCAAAGGCGAAGAAAAAACUAGGCCUGCAGCUUCCACCGAUGAUCUUGCCUCCUAUUCACACAAGUUGCGUAUAUAAGCCAAAAGCAAGGGUGUGGUCGGUAAUGAAAUCGGCUACAGGUAGCCCAGGACCAACGACAACAGGAGGCAGCAUGUUGAGUGAUGAGGACUGGGAAGAUCUAAAGAGAUGUAGGUAUUUAAGAAUUGUAGAGGAAGCUAGCACCGAGGAUGACAUUGAUGAUGUUUUUGGGUCAAACGCGAUAGAAAGAAAUAUAAUAAAUUGAAGAUAUAAACUGUAAAGUCGAAAAAUCUUUCUCAAUAUAAACUAGUCUUAAGGCCUACUGUAUUUAUAUGUGAAUUUAUGUGAUGGAUGUUGCACCACGGAUGCUUUUACUGUACUGCAAAAAACAUUAGACUGUUGUCACUAAUGACUUUUGAAGUUUUAAUAAACUUUUAAAUGAGAUAUUCAAAAUUUUAAUUUUUUAUGUUUCUCCAGUUUCGUUUUGCAUUUUUCGUAUAUAUUUUAAUUGUAUUCCGAUUCUGAAGGUGAUUAAAACGACGUAUCACUGAUAUCCCUCUCUGUUAUUAUAUCUCUUUCCUAUUCAUGCUU